UUUUAAUAUCUACUUCAAUUCGCUGCUUCAUUUUUAUUUUUACAUUUCAAAUUGUUUUUUCUUUUCAUUGACCACAUUCAUUUCCCCUUUUAUAUUUUCCACGACUUGACCAAAACAAAAUGCCCACAUACGGCGGCGACGAGGUGAAUGCAUUGGUGAUUGACGUCGGCAGCACAUGGACGCGCGCGGGCUUUGCAGGUGAGGACCUGCCCAAGGCGUACUUUCCUUCGCACGCCGGCUACAUCGAGUCUGAGGUUGAGGUGACCGAGACUUCCGAUGAGCCCAAGGAUAUCAGCAAGGCGGGUGGCGACCAGGACGUGGAGAUGGCCGAUGUAGAGGCAGAGGCAGCGGGAGAGACAACCGAUGCCAGGACAAAGAAGGUGCGCAAAUUCUUUGUUGGCGACACAGAGUCGGCAACCUGGCGCGCUGGCAUGGAGGUGGGCGGGCCAAUGGAGCAGGGUCUCGUCAAGGACUGGGACAUGUACGAGAAGAUAUGGGAAUAUGCGUUCAAGUCCCGGCUGCGCGUGAAGCCCGAGGAGCACCCGGUGAUGGUCAGCGAGGCUGCAUGGAACACCAGCGCGCACCGGGCCAAGCUGGUCGAAAUGGCGUUUGAAAAGUUUAACUGUCCGGCGUUCUUCGUGUGCAAGACGCCAGUGCUGGCGGCCUUUGGAACCGGCCGGCCCACGGGGCUGGUAGUAGAUGUGGGUGGCGAGAUGGCUAGCGCAUGCGCUGUGUACGAAGGAUACUGCCUGACAAAGUCCGUGUGCAAGCAGGAGCUCGGCGGGGAGGUCAUUUCGCAGCAGAUUCUUGAGAAGCUGCGGAUGGAGAACAGCUACGAGAUGACCCCGCUGUUCGACAUCAAAUCCAAAGCGCCCGUGGACACGUUGCAGCCGCCGGCAAUUGUAUGCUACAACCGUGCUGAUACCACUAGUUCGUACCUCGAGGAUAUGCGGCUGCGUGCCGUGCAGGAGUUCAAAGAGGCAGCAUGCGAGAUCCUCGAGCGUCCAUACACCGCCGACCUUGUUGCCAGCAAGCCGCCCAAGCCAUUCGAGUUUCCCGAUGGAUUUAACCUGUCUGUUGGCGCGAUGCGCUAUGCGCUACCUGAGAUUCUGUUUAACCCGAACCAAUAUCUGGUCAGCCACCCUAAACGCCUGGAGAACGAGGCGCUGCUCGGCGUGCACGAGAUUGCGCUCAAGAGCGUGAUGGCCAGUGAUGUUGAUCUGCGGCCACAGCUGCUGAGCAGCGUGGUGCUGGCUGGUGGCUCGACUUUGUUCCCAGGCUUCGUCGACCGCAUUUCGGUUAUGCUGCAGAAUUCUAUUCCUGGCAGUCGUAUCAAGAUGUACGCGCCCAGCACCAAUACUGAGCGCAAGGUCACCGCUUGGCUUGGCGGCUCGAUCCUGGCGUCGCUGGGCACCUUCCACCAGCUUUGGAUAUCGCGUGCAGAAUAUGACGAGCAUGGUGCGUCGAUUGUGGACAAAAAGUGCCAAUGAAAAAUAAAUGGAAAUAAUCUUAUUUCUUUGCCACAUCACCCGUACGUGUAUUUCCUUCAUUUAAUUAAAUUCAAAUUACAAGUUAAACCCCAUUCA